AACAUAAUACAUUAGUAAAGUUCAUUUCAUUCACAUAUUAAACAAACAACAGAAAUUCAAUGAAUAGUACAGUAGGCAUAGUCCAGUUCCGGUUGGUUUUGAGCGAAGCUGUAAAAGUCGAAAUCGGUAAUAUUUGAACAACCGACUAUGCACAGUGUCUUGAGUCUCAGGUUAGCACUUGUUAAAACAGACAAUGCAGUUGCAUCAACUUGUUUGCAAUUAUAAAUUGCCAAAUGUUUCAAGUUUGCUUCCUUUUGAGCAAUCAUUUCGAUCCCCUUGUUCGUUAUUUUUUGGGCAUGGGACAGGCUCAAAUAUUUCAGAUUUGGCAACUUCCUGACAAGCACUUCAACACAUUCAUCUCUAAAAUCAUUGAAGAUGAAAGAAGCAUCGACAUAUUCGAUGUGUUCUGGCAAAUGUUUGAUCCAUCUGAAAUCGGUCACAAACACGCGACUAAUGUUCCUUGUGGUCAAACGCUUAAUGACACUAUUUUUGGGUGCACCGUCUAGAUGCAUCAUUAUAGGAUUGCCCUCCCAAAAAUCAUUCAACCGAUAACAAAUGUCUUUUCAUGACGUGAAUAAGUGGACAGAACAUCCAGCAUCCAGUAUGUUAAGAUGGCGGAAAACUUCUUGAGUCUCGGCAACGGAGAUGUCGUGGUCAACGAGUCCGCUGCGUACAUAUGCGCCGUACAUUGGAAACAUCUCGUUUCGGCCGUUGCAGAAAGGUGGAUUCUACGAGUAUAAAAAAGUCAAAUUAGAUUUUUAUGCACUCCUACUAUGAUUUUCAAAAAAAAAUCCAAAUCACUCACCCAAUCCACUCCAAAUGUAAGAUCUCCCUCGGAAUACCAAUCCAUGUCCACACGUUAUUUCGCAAAGUCAUAAAGUAGUCGUAAAAAUGAUUUUUGGAAGUCUAUAAGAGUUUGGGUGUGAUUCGAAGUGUUGUUGGUGUUGUGACAAGGACAAUCAUCAUCCUUCUCACCCCCAAAUAUUUUAACCAACCACAAGCUAGUAUACCCCCCCUCCCCCCCAAAGCCAUCUACCAAUUAUGUACAUUUUUCUUUCAAAGUAGAACCUGUAUUGACAAAAGUUAAGUGGUCGAAAGAAGGAAUUUUACUCACCCCCAAAUAUUUUAACCAACCACAAGCUAGUAUACCCCCCUCCCCCCCAAAGCCAUCUACCAAUUAUGUACAUUUUUCUUUCAAAGUAGAACCUGUAUUGACAAAAGUUAAGUGGUCGAAAGAAGGAAUUUUACUCGUAAUCUGCGACGUCUGGGGAAGCCUGGGAGAGGAGAGUCCCUGUGAUAAGAGGAUUUCUCCCUCUUCUCUCGCGGUUGCCCGAGAGCUGACGGGAAACUCUUCCCGGGCAUGCGCUGUGAGCAGUUAGCACAAAUAUGGCGUCCAGUGAAUACCACCUAUGUAGUACCGCUCGUUGGAAUUAGCUACAGCAUGAGCAAUGUCAAGUGGUGAACGACACCCAAGAGCACAGCGUGCGUUUACACCUCUGUGAACUUGAGGUCAAACUUGGUCAAGUUUACGGCUGCUGGGGAACCCUUGUUGUCAUUGAUGUCAUCCGGCGGGUCGAGGAUCGGGCUGAGGGGCUGCACGGGUGCUCGUGAGGGCCUGUUGUAGCAGGUUGGCAGCUGGCAGAACGUCUCCUCGCACGUAUGACACGAUGGCAACACCGUCCACUACUGCCCACGCCGGUCGGGGCCGGUUCAGCACCACGUGCAGGGCUCGGAUUGCAUCCAAGUCCAGGGUCCGGUGGAGUUCUCGGCACCCCAGGGGCGCACUAGGGGUUGAUGGCCUCGAGAUGUCAGAGAAGCACGGGGGGGUGCAUAUGUGCGUACGUGCUUGCUUCGGGAAAGGGAUUUGGCCCUUGGGGUACACCUAGGGUGCUCUUGGUUGCCGCUGGGGGGUUGGUAUGAUAACAUUCCUAGGCUCUCUGGGCAAGGCAUUCACACUGCAGUUGGUGUUAUACUCACUGUAAGUUGGAUCCGUAAUGUCUGGUCGUGCUGUGUGGUGGCCCUUUCGUGCUUUCAAUGUUAUGACCGACCAGCAUGGCUUGCACUCUCGUGUGACAGCUUGGCAGCGGUUCGAGUUUUCAUUGAAAUGCAGGAUUGCAAAUCGAGUCCUGCAAGAUGGUUACAUUUCACUGAUGGUAAAGUGUGCCACAAACAGAGUGGUUGUUCUGGCAUCAAUCCAAUUCCAUUAUCUGAUCAUUAGGAAGUGACUUGGGUUUGUCGCAUUGUAACCAAUGGACUGGAUGAAAGUGUCUAAACGAGGGAAAUGUGAUUGUAAAUUGGUUGACUUGCUUUGCAAGCAUGCCUUCUGGGCUGACAGCCUGGGACUUUGGGGCGAAGUCUAUCAGGACGCUAUGGAACGCCUCCAAGGCAUAUGUCUGGCCAUGGGAAGCCCAGAAGGAUGUGUUUUAAAGUCUUUAGAUACUGAUACUCUUCCAUUGUUUAAUUAACACAUUUUAGAACAUCCAUUUUUAUACACAUUUCUUUAGCCUCUCACCCAGACUCACCGCCCUUGAAAGCAGAUAAACAGUUUAAAAAUAUAAUCAUCGUAAAGUUUAUUUUCAGUUUCAAAUAUUAUAAUCAUCACCAAAAUUCACGAGAUAUCGAAUAAAAUGCACUUUUGGAAAGAUGAAAAGCUUUUAUUCAGUCAACAAAACAAAAUAUUUGUAGAAACGAUUAAGACUUUACUGUAAUAUUUGCAAACAAUAAUUCAGGUAAUUUUUGAAUUACAAAUUCGUUGAAAUCUUUACGUGAAAAAGUUGUUUCACCGACGAGACAAAUUGUUUUCAACUUGGGUAGCUUUUCGGCAAUCGUGGAUAACACCAUUGGGGUGAUAUUUUGAAUCUGUCGAAUUGACAAAUGUUCCAGAUGCCGAAGUUCUCUACAGACAUAGUCAAUCGUCUUGUCAGUGCAGUCGGAUCCGUCCAUGAUAUCCAUUACUCUACAGGCUUUGAAAUUAUCACAAAUAUCACUAAUAAAUUCGUCGUUACACACCAUGCUGUUAAAGGUACGAAUAUAUCUGCACUUUGGGUCCAUUUUGUCGUCUGUAAAAUGCAUAGUAAAUAGCAUAUCGUCAUCUUUACAGAAGAAUCGAUGUAGUUUAUUAAUGUCAACUCUACCUACGAAGAUAUCCAAAGCGAAUUGAAGAGGGAUGCAAUCCUGUCGCACGAAACAUCCUGGCAACACGUUUGUUGGAGCUACAGGUUUCGGAAUUUUGGCAUCACUUUUGUCUGUGUGCAUAUAAUUAAUAGCUGUUUUACAAUUUCCUUUACAGUAAGAUUUCAAGUCUUCAUACGAACAAGUACAGAUGAUCUUUGUGUACCCCAUCUUUGGCUUAUAUGAAAAAGUCAGUCAGUCAGAGUUUUAAGAGUAAGCUUGGUGCUUACUGUAGUUAUAUACCCCCCUUUUUUACCGUUUACAAAUAUGAAAUCUUUUUAAUUUCAUCGUUUUUUGCACAUUUUUCUUGGUGCAAGUUUAUUUCAAUAUCUAUUUCAAAACAAAACGAAAACAUAAAAAUAUGCACGAUAUUAAAGUACUUACCUUUUUUAUACUUUUAAAAUAUAUAGAAUGAGAAUUCUCAUUUAAGUAAAACAAAAUAUACUUUUCAACAAGUGAGCAAUGUUUAUUGAAUCAAAACAACAACAUAAUACAUUAGUAAAGUUCAUUUCAUUCACAUAUUAAACAAACAACAGAAAUUCAAUGAAUAGUACAGUAGGCAUAGUCCAGUUCCGGUUGGUUUUGAGCGAAGCUGUAAAAGUCGAAAUCGGUAAUAUUUGAACAACCGACUAUGCACAGUGUCUUGAGUCUCAGGUUAGCACUUGUUAAAACAGACAAUGCAGUUGCAUCAACUUGUUUGCAAUUAUAAAUUGCCAAAUGUUUCAAGUUUGCUUCCUUUUGAGCAAUCAUUUCGAUCCCCUUGUUCGUUAUUUUUUGGGCAUGGGACAGGCUCAAAUAUUUCAGAUUUGGCAACUUCCUGACAAGCACUUCAACACAUUCAUCUCUAAAAUCAUUGAAGAUGAAAGAAGCAUCGACAUAUUCGAUGUGUUCUGGCAAAUGUUUGAUCCAUCUGAAAUCGGUCACAAACACGCGACUAAUGUUCCUUGUGGUCAAACGCUUAAUGACACUAUUUUUGGGUGCACCGUCUAGAUGCAUCAUUAUAGGAUUGCCCUCCCAAAAAUCAUUCAACCGAUAACAAAUGUCUUUUCAUGACGUGAAUAAGUGGACAGAACAUCCAGCAUCCAGUAUGUUAAGAUGGCGGAAAACUUCUUGAGUCUCGGCAACGGAGAUGUCGUGGUCAACGAGUCCGCUGCGUACAUAUGCGCCGUACAUUGGAAACAUCUCGUUUCGGCCGUUGCAGAAAGGUGGAUUCUACGAGUAUAAAAAAGUCAAAUUAGAUUUUUAUGCACUCCUACUAUGAUUUUCAAAAAAAAAUCCAAAUCACUCACCCAAUCCACUCCAAAUGUAAGAUCUCCCUCGGAAUACCAAUCCAUGUCCACACGUUAUUUCGCAAAGUCAUAAAGUAGUCGUAAAAAUGAUUUUUGGAAGUCUAUAAGAGUUUGGGUGUGAUUCGAAGUGUUGUUGGUGUUGUGACAAGGACAAUCAUCAUCCUUCUCACCCCCAAAUAUUUUAACCAACCACAAGCUAGUAUACCCCCCCUCCCCCCCAAAGCCAUCUACCAAUUAUGUACAUUUUUCUUUCAAAGUAGAACCUGUAUUGACAAAAGUUAAGUGGUCGAAAGAAGGAAUUUUACUCACCCCCAAAUAUUUUAACCAACCACAAGCUAGUAUACCCCCCUCCCCCCCAAAGCCAUCUACCAAUUAUGUACAUUUUUCUUUCAAAGUAGAACCUGUAUUGACAAAAGUUAAGUGGUCGAAAGAAGGAAUUUUACUCGUAAUCUGCGACGUCUGGGGAAGCCUGGGAGAGGAGAGUCCCUGUGAUAAGAGGAUUUCUCCCUCUUCUCUCGCGGUUGCCCGAGAGCUGACGGGAAACUCUUCCCGGGCAUGCGCUGUGAGCAGUUAGCACAAAUAUGGCGUCCAGUGAAUACCACCUAUGUAGUACCGCUCGUUGGAAUUAGCUACAGCAUGAGCAAUGUCAAGUGGUGAACGACACCCAAGAGCACAGCGUGCGUUUACACCUCUGUGAACUUGAGGUCAAACUUGGUCAAGUUUACGGCUGCUGGGGAACCCUUGUUGUCAUUGAUGUCAUCCGGCGGGUCGAGGAUCGGGCUGAGGGGCUGCACGGGUGCUCGUGAGGGCCUGUUGUAGCAGGUUGGCAGCUGGCAGAACGUCUCCUCGCACGUAUGACACGAUGGCAACACCGUCCACUACUGCCCACGCCGGUCGGGGCCGGUUCAGCACCACGUGCAGGGCUCGGAUUGCAUCCAAGUCCAGGGUCCGGUGGAGUUCUCGGCACCCCAGGGGCGCACUAGGGGUUGAUGGCCUCGAGAUGUCAGAGAAGCACGGGGGGGUGCAUAUGUGCGUACGUGCUUGCUUCGGGAAAGGGAUUUGGCCCUUGGGGUACACCUAGGGUGCUCUUGGUUGCCGCUGGGGGGUUGGUAUGAUAACAUUCCUAGGCUCUCUGGGCAAGGCAUUCACACUGCAGUUGGUGUUAUACUCACUGUAAGUUGGAUCCGUAAUGUCUGGUCGUGCUGUGUGGUGGCCCUUUCGUGCUUUCAAUGUUAUGACCGACCAGCAUGGCUUGCACUCUCGUGUGACAGCUUGGCAGCGGUUCGAGUUUUCAUUGAAAUGCAGGAUUGCAAAUCGAGUCCUGCAAGAUGGUUACAUUUCACUGAUGGUAAAGUGUGCCACAAACAGAGUGGUUGUUCUGGCAUCAAUCCAAUUCCAUUAUCUGAUCAUUAGGAAGUGACUUGGGUUUGUCGCAUUGUAACCAAUGGACUGGAUGAAAGUGUCUAAACGAGGGAAAUGUGAUUGUAAAUUGGUUGACUUGCUUUGCAAGCAUGCCUUCUGGGCUGACAGCCUGGGACUUUGGGGCGAAGUCUAUCAGGACGCUAUGGAACGCCUCCAAGGCAUAUGUCUGGCCAUGGGAAGCCCAGAAGGAUGUGUUUUAAAGUCUUUAGAUACUGAUACUCUUCCAUUGUUUAAUAAACACAUUUUAGAACAUCCAUUUUUAUACACAUUUCUUUAGCCUCUCACCCAGACUCACCGCCCUUGAAAGCAGAUAAACAGUUUAAAAAUAUAAUCAUCGUAAAGUUUAUUUUCAGUUUCAAAUAUUAUAAUCAUCACCAAAAUUCACGAGAUAUCGAAUAAAAUGCACUUUUGGAAAGAUGAAAAGCUUUUAUUCAGUCAACAAAACAAAAUAUUUGUAGAAACGAUUAAGACUUUACUGUAAUAUUUGCAAACAAUAAUUCAGGUAAUUUUUGAAUUACAAAUUCGUUGAAAUCUUUACGUGAAAAAGUUGUUUCACCGACGAGACAAAUUGUUUUCAACUUGGGUAGCUUUUCGGCAAUCGUGGAUAACACCAUUGGGGUGAUAUUUUGAAUCUGUCGAAUUGACAAAUGUUCCAGAUGCCGAAGUUCUCUACAGACAUAGUCAAUCGUCUUGUCAGUGCAGUCGGAUCCGUCCAUGAUAUCCAUUACUCUACAGGCUUUGAAAUUAUCACAAAUAUCACUAAUAAAUUCGUCGUUACACACCAUGCUGUUAAAGGUACGAAUAUAUCUGCACUUUGGGUCCAUUUUGUCGUCUGUAAAAUGCAUAGUAAAUAGCAUAUCGUCAUCUUUACAGAAGAAUCGAUGUAGUUUAUUAAUGUCAACUCUACCUACGAAGAUAUCCAAAGCGAAUUGAAGAGGGAUGCAAUCCUGUCGCACGAAACAUCCUGGCAACACGUUUGUUGGAGCUACAGGUUUCGGAAUUUUGGCAUCACUUUUGUCUGUGUGCAUAUAAUUAAUAGCUGUUUUACAAUUUCCUUUACAGUAAGAUUUCAAGUCUUCAUACGAACAAGUACAGAUGAUCUUUGUGUACCCCAUCUUUGGCUUAUAUGAAAAAGUCAGUCAGUCAGAGUUUUAAGAGUAAGCUUGGUGCUUACUGUAGUUAUAUACCCCCCUUUUUUACCGUUUACAAAUAUGAAAUCUUUUUAAUUUCAUCGUUUUUUGCACAUUUUUCUUGGUGCAAGUUUAUUUCAAUAUCUAUUUCAAAACAAAACGAAAACAUAAAAAUAUGCACGAUAUUAAAGUACUUACCUUUUUUAUACUUUUAAAAUAUAUAGAAUGAGAAUUCUCAUUUAAGUAAAACAAAAUAUACUUUUCAACAAGUGAGCGAUGUUUAUUGAAUCAAAACAACAACAUAAUACAUUAGUAAAGUUCAUUUCAUUCACAUAUUAAACAAACAACAGAAAUUCAAUGAAUAGUACAGUAGGCAUAGUCCAGUUCCGGUUGGUUUUGAGCGAAGCUGUAAAAGUCGAAAUCGGUAAUAUUUGAACAACCGACUAUGCACAGUGUCUUGAGUCUCAGGUUAGCACUUGUUAAAACAGACAAUGCAGUUGCAUCAACUUGUUUGCAAUUAUAAAUUGCCAAAUGUUUCAAGUUUGCUUCCUUUUGAGCAAUCAUUUCGAUCCCCUUGUUCGUUAUUUUUUGGGCAUGGGACAGGCUCAAAUAUUUCAGAUUUGGCAACUUCCUGACAAGCACUUCAACACAUUCAUCUCUAAAAUCAUUGAAGAUGAAAGAAGCAUCGACAUAUUCGAUGUGUUCUGGCAAAUGUUUGAUCCAUCUGAAAUCGGUCACAAACACGCGACUAAUGUUCCUUGUGGUCAAACGCUUAAUGACACUAUUUUUGGGUGCACCGUCUAGAUGCAUCAUUAUAGGAUUGCCCUCCCAAAAAUCAUUCAACCGAUAACAAAUGUCUUUCCAUGACGUGAAUAAGUGGACAGAACAUCCAGCAUCCAGUAUGUUAAGAUGGCGGAAAACUUCUUGAGUCUCGGCAACGGAGAUGUCGUGGUCAACGAGUCCGCUGCGUACAUAUGCGCCGUACAUUGGAAACAUCUCGUUUCGGCCGUUGCAGAAAGGUGGAUUCUACGAGUAUAAAUAAGUCAAAUUAGAUUUUUAUGCACUCCUACUAUGAUUUUCAAAAAAAAAUCCAAAUCACUCACCCAAUCCACUCCAAAUGUAAGAUCUCCCUCGGAAUACCAAUCCAUGUCCACACGUUAUUUCGCAAAGUCAUAAAGUAGUCGUAAAAAUGAUUUUUGGAAGUCUAUAAGAGUUUGGGUGUGAUUCGAAGUGUUGUUGGUGUUGUGACAAGGACAAUCAUCAUCCUUCUCACCCCCAAAUAUUUUAACCAACCACAAGCUAGUAUACCCCCCCUCCCCCCCAAAGCCAUCUACCAAUUAUGUACAUUUUUCUUUCAAAGUAGAACCUGUAUUGACAAAAGUUAAGUGGUCGAAAGAAGGAAUUUUACUCACCCCCAAAUAUUUUAACCAACCACAAGCUAGUAUACCCCCCCUCCCCCCCAAAGCCAUCUACCAAUUAUGUACAUUUUUCUUUCAAAGUAGAACCUGUAUUGACAAAAGUUAAGUGGUCGAAAGAAGGAAUUUUACUCGUAAUCUGCGACGUCUGGGGAAGCCUGGGAGAGGAGAGUCCCUGUGAUAAGAGGAUUUCUCCCUCUUCUCUCGCGGUUGCCCGAGAGCUGACGGGAAACUCUUCCCGGGCAUGCGCUGUGAGCAGUUAGCACAAAUAUGGCGUCCAGUGAAUACCACCUAUGUAGUACCGCUCGUUGGAAUUAGCUACAGCAUGAGCAAUGUCAAGUGGUGAACGACACCCAAGAGCACAGCGUGCGUUUACACCUCUGUGAACUUGAGGUCAAACUUGGUCAAGUUUACGGCUGCUGGGGAACCCUUGUUGUCAUUGAUGUCAUCCGGCGGGUCGAGGAUCGGGCUGAGGGGCUGCACGGGUGCUCGUGAGGGCCUGUUGUAGCAGGUUGGCAGCUGGCAGAACGUCUCCUCGCACGUAUGACACGAUGGCAACACCGUCCACUACUGCCCACGCCGGUCGGGGCCGGUUCAGCACCACGUGCAGGGCUCGGAUUGCAUCCAAGUCCAGGGUCCGGUGGAGUUCUCGGCACCCCAGGGGCGCACUAGGGGUUGAUGGCCUCGAGAUGUCAGAGAAGCACGGGGGGGUGCAUAUGUGCGUACGUGCUUGCUUCGGGAAAGGGAUUUGGCCCUUGGGGUACACCUAGGGUGCUCUUGGUUGCCGCUGGGGGGUUGGUAUGAUAACAUUCCUAGGCUCUCUGGGCAAGGCAUUCACACUGCAGUUGGUGUUAUACUCACUGUAAGUUGGAUCCGUAAUGUCUGGUCGUGCUGUGUGGUGGCCCUUUCGUGCUUUCAAUGUUAUGACCGACCAGCAUGGCUUGCACUCUCGUGUGACAGCUUGGCAGCGGUUCGAGUUUUCAUUGAAAUGCAGGAUUGCAAAUCGAGUCCUGCAAGAUGGUUACAUUUCACUGAUGGUAAAGUGUGCCACAAACAGAGUGGUUGUUCUGGCAUCAAUCCAAUUCCAUUAUCUGAUCAUUAGGAAGUGACUUGGGUUUGUCGCAUUGUAACCAAUGGACUGGAUGAAAGUGUCUAAACGAGGGAAAUGUGAUUGUAAAUUGGUUGACUUGCUUUGCAAGCAUGCCUUCUGGGCUGACAGCCUGGGACUUUGGGGCGAAGUCUAUCAGGACGCUAUGGAACGCCUCCAAGGCAUAUGUCUGGCCAUGGGAAGCCCAGAAGGAUGUGUUUUAAAGUCUUUAGAUACUGAUACUCUUCCAUUGUUUAAUUAACACAUUUUAGAACAUCCAUUUUUAUACACAUUUCUUUAGCCUCUCACCCAGACUCACCGCCCUUGAAAGCAGAUAAACAGUUUAAAAAUAUAAUCAUCGUAAAGUUUAUUUUCAGUUUCAAAUAUUAUAAUCAUCACCAAAAUUCACGAGAUAUCGAAUAAAAUGCACUUUUGGAAAGAUGAAAAGCUUUUAUUCAGUCAACAAAACAAAAUAUUUGUAGAAACGAUUAAGACUUUACUGUAAUAUUUGCAAACAAUAAUUCAGGUAAUUUUUGAAUUACAAAUUCGUUGAAAUCUUUACGUGAAAAAGUUGUUUCACCGACGAGACAAAUUGUUUUCAACUUGGGUAGCUUUUCGGCAAUCGUGGAUAACACCAUUGGGGUGAUAUUUUGAAUCUGUCGAAUUGACAAAUGUUCCAGAUGCCGAAGUUCUCUACAGACAUAGUCAAUCGUCUUGUCAGUGCAGUCGGAUCCGUCCAUGAUAUCCAUUACUCUACAGGCUUUGAAAUUAUCACAAAUAUCACUAAUAAAUUCGUCGUUACACACCAUGCUGUUAAAGGUACGAAUAUAUCUGCACUUUGGGUCCAUUUUGUCGUCUGUAAAAUGCAUAGUAAAUAGCAUAUCGUCAUCUUUACAGAAGAAUCGAUGUAGUUUAUUAAUGUCAACUCUACCUACGAAGAUAUCCAAAGCGAAUUGAAGAGGGAUGCAAUCCUGUCGCACGAAACAUCCUGGCAACACGUUUGUUGGAGCUACAGGUUUCGGAAUUUUGGCAUCACUUUUGUCUGUGUGCAUAUAAUUAAUAGCUGUUUUACAAUUUCCUUUACAGUAAGAUUUCAAGUCUUCAUACGAACAAGUACAGAUGAUCUUUGUGUACCCCAUCUUUGGCUUAUAUGAAAAAGUCAGUCAGUCAGAGUUUUAAGAGUAAGCUUGGUGCUUACUGUAGUUAUAUACCCCCCUUUUUUACCGUUUACAAAUAUGAAAUCUUUUUAAUUUCAUCGUUUUUUGCACAUUUUUCUUGGUGCAAGUUUAUUUCAAUAUCUAUUUCAAAACAAAACGAAAACAUAAAAAUAUGCACGAUAUUAAAGUACUUACCUUUUUUAUACUUUUAAAAUAUAUAGAAUGAGAAUUCUCAUUUAAGUAAAACAAAAUAUACUUUUCAACAAGUGAGCGAUGUUUAUUGAAUCAAAACAACAACAUAAUACAUUAGUAAAGUUCAUUUCAUUCACAUAUUAAACAAACAACAGAAAUUCAAUGAAUAGUACAGUAGGCAUAGUCCAGUUCCGGUUGGUUUUGAGCGAAGCUGUAAAAGUCGAAAUCGGUAAUAUUUGAACAACCGACUAUGCACAGUGUCUUGAGUCUCAGGUUAGCACUUGUUAAAACAGACAAUGCAGUUGCAUCAACUUGUUUGCAAUUAUAAAUUGCCAAAUGUUUCAAGUUUGCUUCCUUUUGAGCAAUCAUUUCGAUCCCCUUGUUCGUUAUUUUUUGGGCAUGGGACAGGCUCAAAUAUUUCAGAUUUGGCAACUUCCUGACAAGCACUUCAACACAUUCAUCUCUAAAAUCAUUGAAGAUGAAAGAAGCAUCGACAUAUUCGAUGUGUUCUGGCAAAUGUUUGAUCCAUCUGAAAUCGGUCACAAACACGCGACUAAUGUUCCUUGUGGUCAAACGCUUAAUGACACUAUUUUUGGGUGCACCGUCUAGAUGCAUCAUUAUAGGAUUGCCCUCCCAAAAAUCAUUCAACCGAUAACAAAUGUCUUUCCAUGACGUGAAUAAGUGGACAGAACAUCCAGCAUCCAGUAUGUUAAGAUGGCGGAAAACUUCUUGAGUCUCGGCAACGGAGAUGUCGUGGUCAACGAGUCCGCUGCGUACAUAUGCGCCGUACAUUGGAAACAUCUCGUUUCGGCCGUUGCAGAAAGGUGGAUUCUACGAGUAUAAAUAAGUCAAAUUAGAUUUUUAUGCACUCCUACUAUGAUUUUCAAAAAAAAAUCCAAAUCACUCACCCAAUCCACUCCAAAUGUAAGAUCUCCCUCGGAAUACCAAUCCAUGUCCACACGUUAUUUCGCAAAGUCAUAAAGUAGUCGUAAAAAUGAUUUUUGGAAGUCUAUAAGAGUUUGGGUGUGAUUCGAAGUGUUGUUGGUGUUGUGACAAGGACAAUCAUCAUCCUUCUCACCCCCAAAUAUUUUAACCAACCACAAGCUAGUAUACCCCCCCUCCCCCCCAAAGCCAUCUACCAAUUAUGUACAUUUUUCUUUCAAAGUAGAACCUGUAUUGACAAAAGUUAAGUGGUCGAAAGAAGGAAUUUUACUCACCCCCAAAUAUUUUAACCAACCACAAGCUAGUAUACCCCCCCUCCCCCCCAAAGCCAUCUACCAAUUAUGUACAUUUUUCUUUCAAAGUAGAACCUGUAUUGACAAAAGUUAAGUGGUCGAAAGAAGGAAUUUUACUCACCCCCAAAUAUUUUAACCAACCACAAGCUAGUAUACCCCCCCUCCCCCCCAAAGCCAUCUACCAAUUAUGUACAUUUUUCUUUCAAAGUAGAACCUGUAUUGACAAAAGUUAAGUGGUCGAAAGAAGGAAUUUUACUCGUAAUCUUUAGGAAAGAUUAGUUAGGAUGAUCCCUUCCUUGACAAUCAACAUCCUCCUCACCCACCAAAUAUUUUAACCAACCACAAACCAAUAGACUACCCCCUCCUCUCAUCUUCCAAACUCCAUCCACCAAUUGUGGCCACUUUUAGAGAUAAUAUUUUACGAAGACUAAUAAGAUUAUUCGUUUCCCAGUUUGCUCCCAAAAAUAGGCAAAAACAUUUCCUCGCGUUUAUCUUUGAAAGACGCGUGUCGAUGUGCAUUUCUUAUCAACUACUUCCACUACUGCAUUAUUUUAUCAAUGACCUUUUUGUGCGAUUGACUUAUAACAAUAGCCAAGAUUUUUGCGACUAAUGUGCUUUUAGAAACACAUAAAUACUGGAAAUACCACCAAGGCCAAGACACAAAAAUGGAUUUCCACACUGCAUAGACCUCGAACAUGAACGGUGCUGAGGUCUCUCUGCAAAAACAAGUCAACAGAAUGCAAGACGACGGAUCCAGCUUCGACGAAUACAAAGUCCUUGCGGAGCUUUUUGCCGGAGUAUCCUACGACGAGGAAAAGAUGCGAGGUGUGGAUGCUAUCAUGGAAGAUGCUAUCAUGGAAGUUGUUCCCGAAACAGAAUGUUCUUGUGCUGAUGGCCAAGUGGAGAACGACAACCAUAACCAUAAUUUGCAGAAAGCUGUUUUACAAGAACUUAGAGAAUUGCUCACGGCAAUGUCAAAAACAGUUGAGCCCAAUGCGCAAACCAUGAAGGAUAGCAUCAACGACAGCGUCAACAUAAAUAAGACGCCUGCCAAAGACGAUAUCUUCAUCGCAAACACAGAUCUUAGAGAAUGCCUGCUCGUCGGAGAUUCCAAUAGUUCUACGAUAAGCGCAAACGGCGAUUACAUCCACAGCGAAGACGAAUGUAUACCUGAAGGUGUCGAAUUCGCGAAAAUUGAAGAUUCGAACCACGAAGAUCUCAGCAAAGUCACAAUGUACAACAUUGAACAGGCUGUUGCACGAUGUGAUUUUACUAGUACCCCCGCCAUCAACAUGGAUUACGGUGAUAGUGCCGUUGACGAUGCAUCCUUUCCAGACUUUUGCAACAAGUCGAAAGGCACUCAAUUGCCAGCCGGGACUUUCAUACGUACUCACCGUAACAUCAUUCCGCUCAAAAAAGCCGAAAACGUCUUUAGACACAUGAUAAAUUUUAACAAUCCGUGUCUUAUUCACGGCAGUGUGAACUGGGAUAAUAUCCUCGAGUUAUUUUCCCUAACUACAGAAAGUGUCGAAUUGUCUAAAAACACUGAAACGCCUACCCUAUCGUGCACAAGAUUAAUCCUGAACUCCAUAGAGUAUAUUGAAAAUCUGUCAAAAGAUGUUGAACACCUAAAAAUAACCAUUACUAAUUUAUCAGAUACUCUCUUGCACAAAAUAGUAACCAAAGCGCCAAGAUUAGUUUCUCUCGAAAUUGCCGAUGCUUCGAUGUUGUCCUCUCAAUCCCUGCAACAUGUGUCGUGUUCUUUAAGGGAGUUGCAACAUCUAGUCAUUUAUCAAUACUUUCGAAUGACUAACAAAGGAAUACGCUACUUGGGGCGAUCUAACAUGAAAUUAAAAACUCUCUGUCUAAUUGGUGACAAAGUGAAUGAAAAAACUUUUCACAGAAUUGUCAGAAACCACAGAGAACUCCUUUGUGCAUUCUGUAAUGUGAUCGAAUGAGUCCCCUACAUUUUUUUCUGUAUAUAUCAGCCACACAUUCUGUACAAAUGCAUUGAAUGAUUUUCCUUUUAUAUGUAUAGUAUUGAACAAGUGUCUUUUUUACUUUGAACAUGUAAUAAAAACUAUAUAUCGAAAAG